AUGUCUUCCUACGGCGGCGGCGGUGGCUACCAGCGCGAUUCUUAUCGCUCCGGCGGUGGCGGCGGCGGCGGCGGCUACUCCAACGGUUACUCUAACGGCCAGGGAGGUGGCUAUGGUGGUCGCGGCGGCGGCUACAGCGGCGGUGGUGGUGGUUACGGCGGCGGCGGCUACAGCGGCGGCGGUGGUGGUUACGGCGGCGGCGGCUACGGACGAGGUGGUGGUGCCGGUGCCGGCGCUGGCGGUGACCGCAUGGGAAACCUGGGUGCUGGCCUGAAGAAGCAGGACUGGGAUCUCGAUUCUCUCCCCAAGUUCGAAAAGUCUUUCUACAAGGAACACCCCGAUGUUACCGCCCGGUCUCAGCGUGAAGUGGACGAAUUCCGCAAGAAGUGCGAGAUGACUGUCCAGGGACGUGAUGUCCCUCGCCCCGUCGAGACCUUCGACGAGGCUGGCUUCCCCCAAUACGUUCUGAGCGAGGUCAAGGCACAGGGCUUCGAGAAGCCAACAUCUAUCCAGUCUCAGGGUUGGCCUAUGGCCCUCUCCGGUCGCGACGUCGUCGGUAUUGCCGAGACCGGUUCCGGAAAGACCCUGUCUUACUGUCUGCCUGCCAUCGUUCACAUCAACGCUCAGCCUCUCCUUGCUCCUGGAGAUGGCCCUAUUGUCCUCAUCCUCGCCCCUACUCGUGAAUUGGCCGUCCAGAUCCAGGCCGAAAUCAGCAAGUUCGGAAAGUCCUCUCGCAUCAGGAACACAUGUGUUUACGGUGGUGUUCCCAAGGGUCCUCAGAUCCGCGAUCUGUCCCGUGGUGUCGAGGUCUGCAUUGCUACUCCCGGUCGUCUCAUUGACAUGCUCGAAGCUGGCCGUACCAACCUUCGCCGAGUCACUUACCUCGUUCUUGACGAGGCUGACCGCAUGCUGGACAUGGGUUUCGAGCCUCAGAUUCGCAAGAUCAUCAGCCAGAUUCGCCCUGACCGUCAGACCUGCAUGUGGUCUGCCACCUGGCCCAAGGAAGUUCGCCAGCUUGCUAGCGAUUUCCUCAACAACUACAUUCAGGUCAACAUUGGUUCAAUGGACCUCUCCGCCAACCACCGUAUCACCCAGAUCGUCGAAGUCAUUUCCGACUUUGAGAAGCGUGAUCGUAUGAUCAAGCAUCUUGAGAAGAUCAUGGAGAACCGUGGCAACAAGUGCCUCGUUUUCACUGGUACCAAGCGUAUUGCCGACGAAAUCACUCGCUUCCUCCGUCAGGACGGAUGGCCAGCACUUUCCAUUCACGGUGACAAGCAGCAACAAGAAAGAGAUUGGGUUCUGAACGAGUUCAAGACGGGCAAGAGCCCAAUCAUGGUGGCUACUGAUGUGGCUUCUCGUGGUAUCGAUGUUCGCGACAUUACUCAUGUCCUGAAUUAUGACUACCCCAACAACUCAGAAGACUACGUUCACCGUAUUGGUCGAACCGGUCGUGCGGGUGCCAAGGGUACUGCCAUCACCUUCUUCACCACUGACAAUGCUAAACAGGCUCGUGAUCUGGUCACUAUCCUCUCUGAGGCCAAGCAGCAGAUCGACCCCCGUCUCGCCGAGAUGGUCCGCUACAGCGGUGGCGGCGGCCACGGUGGUGGCUAUGGCCGUUGGGGUGGUCGUGGUGGCGGUCGCGGUCGUGGUGGUCACUCCACUGCUUCCAACUCUGCGCCGCUCGGUAACAACCGUCGCUGGUAG